AUGGCCGACGCCGACGCGGGGGGCGCCCCGUCGCUCGCGGGAUUCCACUCGAUUGCCUCGAUGCUGAAUCACCCCCGGCGGCGACCCCAUCCGAUCGAUGCAGGCGCCGCGCGCUUUCCGCCGGUCGGGCCGGCGUCGCACGCCUUGUCCGAGCUCGCCGCGCCGGACCGCCGCGCGCUCGACGAGUACGUCGCGACGUACGGCGCGCUCUUUGACCGCUUUGAGCGCGAGCACAGCACGAGUGCACGCCCGAUCGAGGCGCCGCGCCGCCUGCCGCCGCUCAGCACCGUGCCCCAGGUGUUUUUUGGGAGCGAGUUUGAUCUCAGCAAGCAGUAUACCUUUGACCUGGUCACCGAGCGCUACAAGCAGACGACCGCGCUGGGUCUGAGCGGCGACGACACGUCGCCUUACGGCGUCGUGCUCAACCAGAUGCUCCAGGAGAAGCUGAGCUACUACUCGGACGUCAUCGAGCAGCACCUCGUCGUCGAGAUCGGCGCACGCAGCGCGUCCUUCUUUGAUGCGCUCGCGACGCUCCAGAAGCUGGGUGCGGAUACCGCCGCAUGCAUCACGGAGCUCACCGCGCUCCAGCAGCACCUCGACGAGGUCGACGUACACGUCGCCGAAGGACUGCGCCUCGCCGAGCUCCACGCACAGCGCCAGGAGCUCGAGAAGCAGGAAAACAUGCUCAAGGACGUGCGCCGCCUGAUCGAGCGCCGCGACCUCUUGCUGCUGCUCGUGCAGCACGGCGAGCUGGAAAACGCACUCGCAGUCCUCGACGAGCUCGCCAAGGAGCUCGGCACGGAAAAGAAGCUCCAGGCGCUCGCACCGAUCGCGCCGCAGCUCGCCGAGGCGCGCACGAAUAUCGGCGCGGCGCUCCAGCGCGAGCUUGCUGCGCUCGUCGACGAGGCAUUGCACACGUCCCUCGACCUCGCACCGGCGCACGCCAAGGACCUCGCUGUAGACGCGGCGCUCCCAGAGCCGAGUGGGAGCGAUACGAGCGUUCCCCCGCCGCUUGCGCGUCUCGUCGCGCUCCUCGCACGCAGCGGCGCACUCACAGAAGCGCUCACAGAGUACGCACACCACGCCCCUGAGCGCCUCGAGCAGGUGGCACGCACCGCACUCGGCGCCGAGAAGGAGCUCAGCUGGACCGCGGCGCUGCCGACCGAGGCGAACCAGGAGGCGCUGCAGCGCGUCAAGGACGCGGAUUGGCCGACGUACGUCACGGUCAGCACGCUCGUCCUGCGCACGCUCCUCCUCAGCGCCCGCCACUGCGCCACCCAGGACGCCAAGAUGCGCGCGGCGCUCCAAGACCCGCCGGCACAUAAGGCGCUCGACGCGGCGACGCAGGCGGCGUGGGCGCGUGCGCAGCGCGUCGCGGCACACACGCUCGGCGUGCGCACGCCGCGCCUCAUGGAGCAGUCGCUCGCCGAGUUUGUGCCGUACUUUGCGCUCGCAUGGCGCUUUGUGCACCUCGCCGAAGGCGCGACCGAGAAAGCAGUCGUGGGGCUACGCAGCCAGGUCCUUGCACAGGCCAAGGCGUUCCUCGCGCACUUUCACAAGACGCGCAUCGAGCGCGCAGUCAAGGCGGUGGAAGACGAGGUAUGGUCGCCCGCGCCAGUCGCGCCGGAGCUUGCCGAGGUCGUCCGCCAGAUUGUCACGUCGGCGAACGAGGACUUGGACGCGUACCGCAUCGCGCCGGUCCUGCACGCAUCGUCGCCGGCGCCACCGGCGCCCAAGAGCGAGGAAGGGCAGCGCACGCUACAGCUUAACGACCAGCGCUACUUUGUCGUGCGUGCGAGCGGCGUCGUGCUCAACUUCCUCGGUGAGUACGUCCGCGUGGUCGUCAACCUGCCGAUGUUUGUCGCCGAAGCGCUGGGAUGGAUCGUCGAGUUCCUCAAGCAGUUCAACUCGCGGACGUGCCAGGUGGUGCUCGGCGCAGGCGCGAUGCGCUCGGCGGGCCUCAAAAACAUCACGGCACGCCACCUCGCGCUCGCCUCGCAGUCGCUCUCGCUGAUGGUCGCGCUGAUUGCGCCGCUGCGUGCGCUGUGCAAGCGCCAUCUGAGUGCGACGCAGGCCGUGCUCCUGACCGAGUUCGACAAGCUGCAGCGCGACUUUUCCGAGCACCAGCUCGAGAUCCACGCCAAGCUCGUCGCGAUUAUGGGCGACCGCGUGCAGGUGCACAUGCGCGCACUCAGUGCCCAGGAAUGGGACGCACCGAUCCAGGGCGAGGUGCAGCCGAGCCAGGCGAUCCAAGACCUCGUGCGCGAAACAGGCACGCUGCACCGCGUCAUGGUACAGUACCUCGAGUCCAACGUCGUCCAGGCCAUCCUGACCAAGGUGUGCCAGGAUAUCGACAAUGGCCUCGGUACAACGAUUGCGCGUGUCGAAGUGCGGUCGCCCGAGGCACACAAGCGCAUGGUUUGCGAUGCGGAGCACAUUGCCGUCAAGAUGCGCGCACUGCACGAGACGGCGUGGAAGGGCGACAAGACGGCCGAGGUGAUGCAGACCAAGUCGGCGCCACCGGCGCCGGUUGCGCGUGCGUCCAUGGAAAAGACGGGUGGCGACUCGACGCCGCCGCUCGCGUACCGUCCCCGCUUCUCGUUCGGCAAGCGGCCGCCGGCGACGCAGUCGCCGCGCCUGAACGCGAUGGACUCGUUCGAGCAGGCGCGCGAAAAUGCGCCGUCCGUGCCGCCGAAGGAGGAUGCCGAAAAGGCAGGCGGCGCGCAGGCCAAGGCCGAGGCCGAGAAGGCUCCCGAGUCGAAAGCGUUGCCGAGUGAGCCAAAGGACGAGGGCAAGCCUCCCGUGCCUGCCAAGGGGGCCAGCGCCAGCGAGGCCGAGCCUGUGAAGGAGGCCGAAUUUACCCAGGACGAGGCAGCCAAAGAGGCUGAGCCUGUCAAGGGGACUGAGCCUGUCAAGGAGACUGGACCUGUCAAGGAAGCAGAGCCUGUCAAGGAGACUGAGCCUGUCAAGGAGACUGGACCUGCCAAGGUAGCAGAGCCUGCCAAGGGAGCGGAGCCUGUCACAGAAACCGAGCCUGUCAAAGAGACCGAGCCUGCCACGGCCGGGCCUGCCAAGGCCGAGCCUACAAUGAACGCCCCCGAGUCAGAAUCGUCGGCCAAGCCUGCUACCAACACACCCGAGGCCUCGCAGGGCGAAAAGGUGCACAGUGCGCCCCAAGAGACAGCAGAGCCCAAAGCGGCCGAGGAGCCCACAAAGCCCGAGGAACCGAAAGAGGUGCCCAAGGAGGCACCCAAGGAAGAGACCAAGGUGAACGGCACAGCCAAAGGGGCGGCCGACAAGACGCCCGAGACGCCUUCGAAAGACGCUACACCAGAGACGUCGGGCACCACUACCCCCUCGACGCCGCCCCGUGGCAAGACGUCCAGGUCGACGGGCCGUAUGGCACUGCAACAGCGCCUGGCCGAGUCUAUGCGUCGCCGCGCGGCACAGCCAAAGACGGGCACGGAAAGCCCUACAAAGAGUGCCACUGCGGGCGAGGUAACCAAGUCGGGCGAUGCUAAGCAAGAAGCCAAGCCUGAGGAGCCGGAGAAGCCAAAGGCGGAUGAGGCAAAGGCGGAUGAAGCCAAGCCGACAGAGGCCAAGCCCGAGGAUGUCGACACGAAUGAGGCCAAGGCAGAUGAGCCCAAGAACGAGCCCAAGAACGAGGAAAUCAAGCCGAAUGACGCCAAGUCCGAGGUCAAGAAGGACGAGGCCAAGUCGGACGAGGUCAAGUCGGAUGAGGUCAAGUCUGAGGAACCCAAGGCAGAUGUGACCAAGGCAGAAGAGCCCAAGCUUGAGCCCAAGCUUGAGGAGGCCAAGCCGGAGGAAUCCAAGCCGAAAGAGCCUCAGUCGGAAGACCCCAAGUCUAACCUGAAUGAAGAAACUACAGAGGCCAAGGCAGAAGAGCCCAAACCAGCGGAAUCCAAGCCGGAAGAAUUCAAGCCGAAAGAGCCCAAGUCAGACGAACCCAAGCCUAAUCUGAAUGCAGAAACUACAGAGGCCAAGGCAGAGGAGUCCAAACCAGCGGAAUCCAAGCUGGAGGAGGACAGAUCGGAGCCCAAAGUGGACGAGGCCAAGACGGAACCCAAGACGGAGGAACCCCAAUCAGUGGCCAAGUCGGACGAGCUCAAAGCCGAGGCCAACGCAGAGGUCAACGCGGACGAGACCAAUGCAAAAGAACCCAGUUCUGAGGACACCAAGCCGACAAAGACCACGUCGAACGAGUCACAGCCUGAAUCCAAGGCGGAAGAGGCCAAGUCUGAGGAGACCAAAGCUACAGAACCCCAAGCUGAAACGACCAAGGCAGAAGAGGUCAAGCCUGAGGCCAAGCCUGAGGAGCCCAAGGCAGAGGAGCCCAAGCCGGACGGGCCCAAGCCGGACGAGCCCAAGGCCAAAAACACCAAGCCGGAGGACUCCGAGCCAGCCGCCGCUUAG